ACCCCUCCACCCCGAACAUCCCGUCGACGGUCUCGCGGCCACUCGCGGCAUACAAACAAUGCCAAGCUGCUCCCGACCCCAAAACAAACCCCCCUCCCUCCUCUCCAGGCUCUAGUCAACGUCGGGCAUCUGCACACCGUAGAGCCAAAUCCAAGGAGACCCUCGAAUCACAUCUCGUCCUGCUCCGCUGAGACAUUGGCCAGGGGUCCCCCUCCGGAGCACAACGUCACGUUCAUCGGCGCACCAACCAACAGCGAACAACAAAUCAACCUUCCCUCGUCGAGAAGGCUGACAAGACAUGCAACAAUCCAGCACAUUAAUUUACGGCGAAAAGCGCUUUCGUGUGCCCGCGAGCGUCGAGCACACCUAGACCUUGUCCCGCUUUGCCUAUCUGCACCCUCGUUGAUACACUGUCAAUCACACGCGUGCGCAGUGCCAGCAACCAACGCAUUUAACUGA